AUGUCUCAUAUCAUGCUCAACCAUGCGCGGCUUUCAUGCUCACUCCUGGCUGCUGUACUCUCACUGAUAGCGCCCUUAACACCGGAGCACCGUAUCUCGCCUCCGGCACUCUUUCUUCGGACCUCCUGCGCGCAACUGGCGAUAACAUGGAUCAACAUGUUGCAUUUGUUGGCUUUAUCUAUCAUGAGACGAGAUACCGACAGUGUUCCUGUCUGGUGCGCUGUUCUCUUCGCGGCCUCAGGGGUUUUCCAGGUAGACAGGCUCUACGACGACUCGACCCGUCUCUGGGCACCCUAUCGAUGGGCUUGGUACUUAGGGUUGGUCAGAGAAUGUAUCGACAUUGCGCAGCUCGUUAUGGCACGAGAAUCCAGCGCUUCAUCAUGCCUGAGUCUGUUUCUAGCUUCCUGGAUGCUCGUUCUCUACGCCAUUCUGCACUUUUCCAUUCGGCCCGGAAAAGGCAGCAGUCAGACACCUCCAGCUCAGAGCAAAACCCAGAGCACUAUGCCCGGCAAAGUCAAUUUCGAGAAUAUCCACAGAAUCAGAUUCGAUCUGGGACGAUGGACGGACUCGUUUCGUACCUUCAAGCGGUUCAUCUGGCCAAGUGACAAUGCCCCGAUGAAAGUGCGUCUUCUUUUCAUCGUGCUGCUGAAUCUAGGCCGCAAGGGACUCGAGCAUUGGGCUUCGCAAACCUUUGGUCGAGUCAUCGAUGGCCUCGCAGAUAACGAUGUAUGGUCUCCCGGAAGCACGCUUCUGGUUACGUGGGCCAUCUCGCGGGUUUGCGUGCUCUUAGUACGCAUGCCAAAACAGUGGAUGUGGCUCUUACUGCAUGCCUAUAGCGAAGAAAAUUUCGACAAAGCUAUUUUUGCCAAUAUCAUGAGCGCGGAUGCCGCUUUCCAUACGCAGAACAACCCGGCGAGGCUACACAAUGCGGUGGACAAUGCGCAAGGCGCUAGGUCAUCCUUUGACGCUCUCGUAGAGGCCUCUGUCGAUGCUUUGUUUGCAACGUGCGUCACCAUUCCGGCUGCAGCACGUAAAUUCGGACGACACGUAAUGGCCAUCACGGCCAUACGUCUGAUUGUGUUGUUCAUCAACUUCAGACGAGGGACAGCAAGAUCUCAACGCGCCAAUGGGCAAGUUUUGGCUACUCGGAAAUUCCACAAGGAGCAUCGGGAGGACAAAAUCAGAGGCUGGAGGACGGCGGCUGUCUUUGGCCAGCUCGCGCAUCAGAUUGCCGAGAACGACAAAAAUGUCGAGCGCCUUCACCGAUCAGUAUCCCAGUUUCACAGGGAGGCGCUCACAUCUUGGGCUUACAGAACCAUGACCGAAGACGCCGGACACGUGAUCAGCGUGUUGGUCGUUUGUGCGCAGGUUUUUCUUGGGACGUCGGCCCCAGGAGAUCUUGCGGUCUUCAAUUUGCAUUGGGAACAGAUUACGACUCCGGCAACGUUGCUGUGA